UGUAGGAGAGAGACGGGACAGGGAGAAGGAGGCGGAAUGCAACAGGCUGUGCUGUGUUGUCUCUUCUGACUGACAUACACAGCGACUACCACGUUCCUCCUGAGCGGUUCCCUCCACAGCAGUCAGACCGUGAGGCGUUCACAUCCCAGACCGGAGUCUGGACCAGCGAAUGUCUCGCCCAGGCUUGGUCAGGUGGAUCCAGCUCUUGUCUGUCUGCUUCUCACUCCUCAGCGUCCUUUCACCUCCCUGUGGCGAACCAGCCACCACCUGACUGUGGCUGAAUGGCCGCAGCCCAUUUCACUCUAAGCAUCGGCCUCAACGACACCAGAAGAGGGAACAUCAAGACAAGCAGAGAGAGGUCACCCAUACCUGAACCACCAGCAUCUCUUUUCACCAUGGCAACUAACAGAGAGCGCCAAGUGGGUCACAUGGCAGGCUUUCCUCACACCAUGUAUCCCUUCACCUUCAACUCAAUGCGAAGCCACUCCCCCUUUGACUUGCUGGCCAGUACCCACCUCUUUGGCCGAUUUGGGGCUGACCUCCCAAAAGAGAUGGCUGCGUUGUCGGUGGAGACACAGAGCACCAGUUCAGAGGAGAUGGUUCCCAGUUCUCCUUCACCGCCACCUCCUCCUCGAGUCUACAAGCCGUGCUUUGUGUGCCAGGACAAGUCAUCUGGAUAUCACUAUGGAGUGAGCUCCUGCGAGGGCUGCAAGGGCUUCUUCCGGCGUAGCAUCCAGAAGAACAUGGUGUACACCUGCCAUCGAGACAAGAACUGUCAGAUCAACAAAAUAACUCGUAACCGCUGCCAGUACUGCCGGCUGCAGAAGUGCUUUGAGGUCGGCAUGUCCAAAGAAGCGGUGCGUAAUGACAGGAACAAAAAGAAGAAGGACGUGAAAGAAGAGGUGGUGCUGCCAGAGAGCUACGAGCUGAGCAGAGAGCUGGAGGAGCUGGUUAACAAAGUCAGCAAAGCUCACAAAGAAACAUUUCCGUCUCUGUGUCAGCUCGGAAAAUACACCACAAAUUCAAGUGCUGAGCACAGAGUACAGCUGGACUUGGGCCUGUGGGAUAAGUUCAGCGAGCUCUCCACUAAGUGCAUUAUAAAGAUUGUGGAAUUUGCCAAGCGGCUACCUGGUUUCACUUCGCUCACCAUCGCUGACCAGAUCACCCUCCUCAAAUCUGCAUGUCUGGACAUCCUGAUGUUGAGGAUAUGCACUCGUUACACUCCAGAGCAAGACACCAUGACCUUCUCAGAUGGCCUGACUCUCAACAGGACCCAGAUGCAUAAUGCUGGCUUCGGCCCGCUGACAGACCUGGUGUUUGCCUUUGCUGGUCAGCUUCUGCCUUUGGAGAUGGACGACACGGAGACGGGUCUCCUCAGUGCCAUCUGUCUGAUCUGCGGAGACCGCAUGGACCUGGAAGAGCCACAGAAGGUAGACAAGCUGCAGGAGCCACUGCUGGAGGCUCUGAAGAUCUAUACCCGUCGCCGUCGCCCGAACAAACCUCACAUGUUUCCACGUAUGCUGAUGAAAGUCACGGAUCUUCGAGGAAUCAGCACCAAAGGUGCAGAGAGAGCUAUCACACUGAAGACCGAGAUUCCCGGACCGAUGCCUCCGCUGAUCAGGGAGAUGCUGGAGAAUCCUGAUGCCUUUGAGGACAGCAGUGACUCGGGGGACAGUGCUGCAGCCGCUCCUCCUGCUAUUCAAGCCAUCAAACAAGAGGAGAAGGAAAAGACUCCGUAUGAGUCAGCUGUCGAGGAGGAGGAAGAAGAAGAAGAGGAUGACUAUUGGGAUGAGGAGAAAGAGAGAGGGGUGGACAGCGAUGGAGACAUCUGGGGGGAAGCGGCGGUGGCUGUGGAAAGGAAAGGUGUGACUAGCAAAGCACAGUGAGAGAGACACAGGCGGGCACUGUUACAGCGCCACCCAGUGUCACUCACAUUUACGUCAUGUACAUAUUUAGAUCAUCAAAAAAUAUGUAGUACAAUUUCAAGAAGCAAGAAGAACCAAAAGCACUAAAUUUUAGUGUGCAGAGGAGCGCACAAAGGAAAAUUAUUGUGCCAAAGUGAGACUGUCUAAACCAUAUUUGAAGUUGUUGUUUUUUUCACCCACACUAAGGAAGUGAAGCCCACGAAGGAAGUGGACAGAAAGAAAAUGCACUCCACAGUCUUUAAGGGCUCUGCUUUAUGCACCAUUGAGUGCAACAACAGAACUCUAUGUGACUUCAGUUUCUUCUUUUUGACUCCAUUCAGAGAUAUGCUUCUUAUUUUUAUAUUGUUUUUGUAAGCAUGGACUUGUCUUUACAUCUGUUUGUGGGACCCUAUGAGGGGGAAUUGAGAAGUUUUGAGCCUGACACAGAAAAGGUAGGGCAUGGUUCUCCAUCUUCUGCAUUCUGAGAAACCAACAUUUCUCAUUGCACCCAGUGAAUCAAAAUGUCACACAUUCUCAAGAAAUGUUGGUUUUUCAGAAUUAAAAAGAUGGAGAACCACACCCUACAUUUUCUGGGUGAGGCUCAAAACUUUCCAAUCACGCCUCAUACAUUGCAGAUUUUUGUUUUCAGUCAGUCCUGCUCAGAUUUAAUUGGUUGUCUGUUUUAUGCUCUUUUGCAUUUUGAUGCUUCACUGGCAAAAUGGGAGAGAAGGAUGACAUGUAGAAGGUUGUGAGCAGGACUGAGGAUUUAGCCUCUCAAGUCAUCAGAAUGCUUGAGAGGCUAAAACACUCACAGAAAGAGGGGAAGCGGUAAUCAUCCAUCUCACUGUAAAAAAGAAGAGCAGAUAGCUCCUGGGAUAAGGAGUUGGACUACCAAUAAGUAGACCUGGGUUUGAUACCCCGUCAGGCUACCUGUGUCCUUGGGCAAUCAUUUCGUCCAGCUGUAAAUGGAUGCCUGCCUCGGCUGGGAAAUUAACCUGCUUUGGACUGGCGUCCCAUCCAGGUGGAGUGGUAGACUCUCAUAUGCUUUACGCUACAGAAUCCGGGGAUAAGCAACGGCACCAACGGGCCUCUGGGCCUAUGUAGGACUUACUUCACUGUAAGAAAAUGUUGAGAAAACUAAAUUAAAAUAAUACAACCAGCUGCACAGAUUUUUAGUUUUUCUCACUUGAGGGGCUUCAGUUCAAGUAAAUUCAACCCCACACCAAAAGUCAUAGUAUAAUUUCAGAGUUUGAUCUUGCAGAAUAUGUCAUUUUCUGUAGUUUACAAAAAUAAGUCAUUGUGCCAGUGACUGGUGGGGGGAGCUUAGAGAGGACAGCUCGGAUAUCUAAUUGCUCAGAAAUGUAUUUCUUGAUCAUUAGUGUCUUGUAUCUGUCACAGUUGUUGGUGAUAUAACAGUAGAUAUUUCACAAGUAGCGCAUUGAAAAUAUAUACACUAAACAACCUCUAGUCAUAUUGGUUUGACUGGCUUGUGUUUCUAAUUUAAACAACUGCAUUUCUAGUUUACAGUUUGGUAUUUUCACCUGGUUACAGCACAUAGAUGAUUAUUUCAGAGAUGUGGGAAAGGACCGGUUGUUUGCCUGGGAGGGGGCUGUUCAGGACCCAAGGCGGUUCCUUGGUGUUGUGGAUGUGGCACCAGCACGUGAUCCCAGACUUGACUUGUCUGGUUUAUAAUUUGGUGUGUGUGCUGAGAUAAACUCCACCCCCACUGUGGCCCGUAAACAGAUAAUCACAAGGAAGUGCAAAGAUGUUCUCAUGCACGCUGUUUGGUGAGCGUGGCGUUAGUAGGUUGCUGGUUCAAUUACUGACUGCUCCUAUGUACCAAAGGGUUCUUGAUUUCAAAAACAAACAUCAGACAGUUUUAAGUACACUGAAUUUGAGGUUGUGAUUUGACUUUCAAUAAUAAUUUCACUUUAAUCAAACGUAAUAUUUCACUUUAAAAACUGUUUUUACCAAAAUUGACAAACUGAUGCCAUUGAGUUAAAACGUCUGUGCUGCUGGUUACAAAUUCUUUUUCUUUCUAUUUUUUUUUUAAGUUUACCAGUCUGGUACUUUGGCAGCCGUUCUGCUUUGUGCGCACCUGAUUCCAUCAGGUUUCAGAAGUGAAGCAGAGACCGUCCUGAUUAGUACUCGGCUGGGAAGCCACUUGGGAAAACCAGGGGUUGUGUGUGUGUUUCUCUAUGUAGGAAUGGAGUUACAUCGGGAAGGGCAUCUGGUGUAAAAUGUGCCAAAUCCUACUCGAUCCACUGUGUUGACCCUGAACAUCCAGGGGCAGCCGAAAAAGAGAAACAACAACAGCAAAAACAAGAGGUCUGGUGCUUUGGAUCCAAACAAAGAAGUCUGAUGUUCUUCACAAAGAACAUCAAACUACACCAGGAACACGUUUCUUGACAAAUAUGCACUUACAAAAACCUUAAAUACAUUCUGAAGAUCACAUUUAAUGUCAUCAUAUAGACUCAGGUGGAUUUUGUUGGGACCACGUCACCAGUUUGAAAACAGUAUUCUUAUAUUUUGCAUGUCACUGCGAUUUUUUUAAAAAGCCACCAACUAUGCUUUACAUGAAAACCAUAAUAUUCCUGUGAAGGAAUGAUGAAACACGGCAAACAUUUCAAAUGGACACAAAUCCUCAAAAUCUAAUUAGACAAGUCAGUUGUGACAUAAAUACAGUAAUCUGCAAAAGCGCUUUUUUCAAAAAAUAUAUAUAUCUUACUGACAAAUACAAACAAUGGUUUACAGCAGAUAUUGUUUUAUCAUCUCAGAGACAGUUGGACACGCGAGCUCAGUUGAUGCAUCAGGUUGUCCAGUAACCAAAGGGCUGGGGGUUUGAUCCCAUAUUGCUCAUGAACUUCAUCAAGAACUGUUCAGCCUUAAGGGACAUGGAUCCCAUUGAGAGGUGAAAAAAAGAUCCAGAGGAAAGAGAAAUGCAGAUUGCAUAUUCCAGAUGAUGUAGAUCCUACCGGUCUGCCUUUUGAAUGCAGCAACCACAUAAAAGUGUAAUUAACUUGUCAGCAAUGAAUAUUGCACUGCGCAUUCCAGAGGUUCCAACCUUCAAACAAGAUCAACAAUAAACCAAUACUUUUGUUGUCUGCUGAAGCACAGGAAGACAUUUUUAAAUUAUGUACGUUAAUGAAUGGUGUAUGUAAUGAAUGACGCAAAAUGUAUUUUUGUAAAAUAAAUACUCGUUUUUUU